CAGAUAUGUAAAUGUAUGUAUGUUCACGGUUACUGGCACGGCGCGAAGCGUAUCGACUUGCGUAGGUACAGCUGAAGAUUAAAGGCCAUGCGAGAAAACUGUCAGUUUCCCAGUUUCUUGGGUGUUUUUGACACGCACAACAAGCGAGUCGAGACGUGUAUGCGUUUGAGGCAUUGUUUGGAUUCGUAUGAGGAAGAGUGAGCUUUCCACUGAGAAAAAUACUUGGAAGGCGUUAAUUCGCUGUGCUUCGUCCUUCAUUGAGACGAAGCUUCCGCCGAGGGGGUCGACGGCGGGGAAGCCGAGCGAGACAAGCAGAGACACAGGAAAUGUCUGUGGCUCUUUUCCAACCUCGCGUCGCCUGGGUACAAAGGCCAGAGAAACGCGAGACGCGCGCGUGGACGGACAUCACACAUGACAAGAGUUGCUUCAGCGAAAGGUUGAAGCCCUUCUCGGGAGCGAGGCGGAGGCGUCUGGUCUCUCGCGAGGACCUCGAAUGCGGAGCUCUCCCUGGCGAAGUCUGGGGGCUCUACUGUCCGAUCGAGCGAGCUCGUAUUCAGCGUCGCUCUCUGUGCAGACUGAUGCGCGGACGGCUGGAAGCAGCAGCCAGAGAGAGGCCGCGACGCGUACGAGACAAGCGCGAGUCGCCACCGAGGCAAGGAAGAAGGCAAGAGAAGAGCGAAGGCUGUUGUUGAGGGACGCACAUGCCGCCCUCGCAGCGAAGCAAGGCGGCUUCCGUGAGCCGCGACCUUCUGUCGGCCUUGUUGAAGAAGAAGAUCGGUCUGAGGAGAGACUGGAUGUCGCAAAAUCUCUCGCGGAAAGAGCUGCUGAACCAUUGGGUUAUAUCUCUCUGUCUGCAUGCACAAGAAGGAGCGCGCGCCUUCGCGCAUUUUCACGGCGCGUCUCUCACGGCGUUGUUCCGCGUCCUUUUUGCGGCUUUCCUCUUGUCUCUGUAGAGCGCGGGAGCUCUCGCGAGGUCGAUGAGGCGUUGCCAGUCGGGGACAGAGAGCAGCGCAGAGAGAACGGUGGGGUUGCAGUGUGUUUCUCCUCAUCGUGGGGCCAGGAGAGGGUGCGGGAGAGCAACUGCGCCACGGAGAGGAGGUAGGGAAUGAGGGGAAACAGGUGAAGGGGACGAGUGGUGCAUCCGUCAGUUGCAGUUCCUCUUCCAGUUUGCGGAGUCGCGGCGCAGAUCGCACUCUUUUCUUUUCGCUUCAGAAAACUCUUCAAAGAUAAGUCUGUCUGUGGCGUCGGUUCACGACAGAUCUCUCAACCUUGUCGACUUUCAACUCUCCUCGCUCGAGACAAGAUGGCGGACACCGAGACCUUCGCCUUCAACGCUGACAUCCAGCAGUUGAUGAGUUUGAUCAUCAACACCUUCUACAGCAACAAGGAGAUUUUCCUUCGCGAGUUGAUCUCCAACGCGUCGGACGCUCUGGACAAGAUUCGCUAUGAGGCCAUCACGGACCCCGAGAAGCUCAAGGGCGCAGAGCGCCUGUUCAUUCGCAUCGUCCCGAACAAGCAGAACAAUACGCUGACGAUUGAGGACGAUGGCAUCGGCAUGACCAAGGCAGAGCUGGUGAACAACCUCGGUACGAUCGCUCGUUCCGGGACGAAGGCCUUCAUGGAGGCGCUGCAAGCGGGAGGAGAUAUCUCCAUGAUUGGACAGUUCGGUGUGGGUUUCUACUCGGCCUACCUGGUGGCGGACAAGGUGACGGUCGUCUCGCGCCACAACGACGACGAGAUGUACGUCUGGGAGUCGAGCGCAGGCGGCUCCUUCACCGUCUCGAAGGCUGAGGGCCAGUUCGAGAACAUCGUUCGCGGAACGCGAAUCAUCCUCCACAUGAAGGAAGACCAGACUGAGUACCUGGAGGACCGCCGCCUGAAGGACCUGGUGAAGAAGCACAGCGAGUUCAUCUCGUUCCCCAUCGAGCUGGCUGUCGAAAAGAGCGUGGACAAGGAGAUCACUGAGUCGGAGGACGAGGAGAAGCCAGCUGAAGACGCGGAGGAGAAGAAGGAGGAGGGCGAGGAGGAGAAGAAGGAGGAGGGCGCCGAGAAGAAGAAGAAGACCAAGAAGGUCAAGGAAGUCGUGGUCGAGUACGAGCAACUCAACAAACAGAAGCCGCUGUGGAUGCGCAAGCCUGAGGACGUGACUUGGGAGGAGUACUGCGCGUUCUACAAGAGUCUGACGAACGACUGGGAGGAUCCGCUCGCGGUGAAACAUUUCUCGGUGGAGGGGCAACUCGAGUUCAAGGCGCUCCUCUUCCUGCCCAAGCGCGCGCCGUUCGAUCUGUUCGAGACCCGCAAGAAGCGCAACAACGUUCGCCUGUACGUCCGCCGCGUCUUCAUCAUGGACGACUGCGAGGACUUGAUCCCCGAGUGGCUGAACUUCGUGCGUGGUGUCGUCGACUCUGAAGAUCUCCCGCUGAACAUCUCUCGCGAGAGUCUGCAGCAAAACAAGAUCCUGAAGGUCAUCAAGAAGAACCUCGUGAAGAAGUGCCUCGAAAUGUUCCAGGAACUCGAGGAAAAGAAGGAAGACUACACCAAAUUCUACGAGCAGUUCAGCAAGAACCUCAAACUCGGAAUCCACGAAGACACCUCCAACCGGAACAAGAUCGCCGAGUUGCUGCGCUUCCACACCAGCAAAAGCGGCGACGACGUGGUGUCUCUGAAGGAGUACGUCGACCGGAUGAAGGAGAGCCAGAAAGACAUUUAUUACAUCACCGGCGAGUCGCGGCAGUCUGUGGCGUCUUCGCCUUUCCUUGAGGCUCUGCGCAAGAAGGGAUACGAAGUCAUCUACAUGACCGACCCGAUCGACGAAUACGCCGUCCAGCAGCUCAAGGAGUUCGAUGGGAAGAAGCUGCGGUGCUGCACGAAGAAGGGAUUGGAGCUGGAGGACGACGAGGAGGAGAAGAAGAAGUUCGAGGAGCUGAAGGCGGAGUUCGAGCCGCUCUGCAAGUUGAUGAAGGAGGUCCUGCAUGACAAGGUCGAGCAGGUAGUGGUGAGCAACAGGAUCACGGACUCGCCCUGUGUGUUGGUCACUUCCGAGUACGGCUGGUCUGCGAACAUGGAGCGUAUUAUGAAGGCGCAGGCGCUGCGCGACAACUCGAUGACGACCUACAUGGUCUCCAAGAAGACGAUGGAGAUCAAUCCGACGAAUCCGAUCAUGGAGGAGUUGAAGAAGAAGAGCAACGCAGACAAGUCCGACAAGACUGUCAAGGACCUCAUCUGGCUGCUUUUCGACACUGCGCUCCUCACGUCGGGAUUCUCGCUCGAUGAACCCACUCAGUUCGCUGCGCGCAUCCACCGCAUGAUCAAGCUGGGACUCUCGAUCGACGAGGACGACGAGGAGUUGCGCGCCGAGGAAGAUCUGCCGCCCCUCGAGGAAGUCGAAGGCGCCGUUGAGGAGACCUCGAAGAUGGAGGAGGUCGACUAAGCAGCUUCCAAUGUCACCCGGAGGUCGCCGGUGGAGCGGGGAAACUUCACACCCGCAUGCGUAAAAAGCCAUGCGGAGAGACGGUUGCAUCCGCGCGCCAAGGCACAGGUCUCCGUAGAUGCUUGGGACUUGUGGCUGUGCGUGUACAUGACUCGGCGGGUGUCUGGGCGCGCAACUGGAGAAACCGGUUUGUUUUCGUCGGCCUGCGUCGGGGCGUGCUCCCCCGGGAGGAGGAACGGCGUAGGCGACCUCCGUCGGUGUGCGGCGAGCUGUCCAGAGCCGAGGGGAAGAGUCGCGAGAGGCUUUCCUUCGUUCGCUGUGCUCGCUUCAUCUGAUGAAGUUUGGAGAGCUGUGGGGGGCGGAGUUCGAGGGUGACAUGGAGGGGAGGGAGUUGAGUGUGGACAUACACCACGGGGGCAAGAGGGCAAGAAAUGAAGGGAGAAGGCGUGGUACAGGGAGAUUCGUUCUUCGGUCGUUUCCCCAGCGAAAGCGAGAAGCGUCACCUGAAUGAGACACUCAUCUUUCAGAUGCAUGCAGGGCGUUUCACAGAAAAGGCGCGAGACGCUGCUCUCUCUCCCGUUUUGGGGGGAAAGGCGUUGUUCUUCGCCAUAUCCUCCGUGUGCCCGCGGAGUUGAAAGUUUCCGUCAACAUCAAAGUCAAAUUUUCUAUCAAAAGAAAGUCCUUUCGCACGGGAGACGGGCAUUCCACGUCUGCCCUGACCUCUGCCGUGUCUGUGCAUCCCCAAACCAUCACUGGGGUUUCUCCCAUGCACAAAAAGCUCUCGCACAUACAGAGUAGAGAACUUUGAUAUUCGUCCGGUGGUCUCAGAAAGAGACGCUGCCGCGGACGUCCGAGACUCUCAACCGCCGGCGGCGGCGUCUCGCAUCACCUCUACGCUCCUCGAGCUUGCGGGGAGGGGAGAGGGAGAGAGGGGAAGUACUUGAAAUCCGAUGGUCCUCAAGGAAUUACCAAAGGCGCGUUCAAACCGCGCCCGCGCUGACAAGCGAAAAAACUGUACAGAUGCACACCGAACACCGGAAGAACUCCCCAAACUAGAAUUUCUAAACAUAUAUAUGUAUAUACACAUGAGUAUACAUUUAGUUUGUAAAGCAUAUCACACGUUCUGUAUAUAUAUAUUUUGUGAAAAUUAUAGAUGUUGUAUUGUAGGGAGUGUGCAUGAUUUGUGAAACGAGAAGUUACGUAGUCUCGUAGAGCCUGUCCCGGUCAAGGCAGAAAGAAGAGGCCAAGUGUAUGGCGACUGGCGGCAUUUGUGUUUACUUUUCUCGUGAGCAAGCGGUUCGAUUUGCCCUCCUCUCCAGCGUAUAAAUUGGUAGAAGUCGACUUAGGCGGAGAGGCAGGUGCCUCGGCGUGGUGUCUCAGAGCUGAGAGAAACGAAUGAGUCUGGGGGAACUUAAUGAGUGGACAAAUAAAGCGGAGGCAUGUUUUCGAGAGAUCAGACCCCAUAUUUUUAUGUACAUUUCUUCCACGGGUGUCUUUCUCGAAAGGUUUCACCUGUUGCAUGCAGC